AUGCGGUCGGCAUCCGCAUUCCUUCUUUCGGUUAUCGCUCUGGUCUCUUGCGCUAUCUCAGCAGCAGCUUGGAGCGAUGUUUAUGACGUGAACCUCGUUCCCCGAUCCCCCUAUCCGCUCCUCGACGACCGGCCCCCGAGUGUCCGCCUUGCUUCAACUGCCAGCUUGACUCAUAUAACUGUACCCACUUUGCGCCGUGCAACAAAUACAAUGGCAAAUGCUCCUGUCCGCCUGGGUUUGGAGGUGAUGAUUGCUCGGUUCCUGUAUGGUUGGUCCGGUAUCAACUGCAAUGUCUGCCAAUCAGACAAUGCCUGCAAUGCCAUGAUGCCCGAAGGUGAAGGCGGCAGGUGCUAUAAGCAGGGUGUUACGGUCAAGGAAAACUUUCAGAUGUGUGAUGUCACGAAUCGAAAGAUCCUGGACCAGCUUGAUGGCCGGAAGCCACAGGUGACGUUCUCCUGUAAGGAAGAGGACAAGACCUGCAACUUCCAAUUCUGGGUUGGCCAAAAAGAAUCAUUCUACUGCGGUCUAGAUACUUGCGAGUGGGACAUGGAGAACGACUAUGAUACGAACUCCACCAACUACAAGUGCGAGAACGCCCACUGCAGCUGCAUCAAGAACCGGUUCUUGUGUGGCGAGAACGGAUCUAUUGAUCUCAGUGUCUUCCUUGACCAAGUGAUCAAAGGACCUGCCACUUUUACCACCAAAUCGACUGCUGCGGGCAGCAAGAGUGUCUUCUCGGAACCCGAAAUGAACAACCUGAUCAGUGGGGUCUUUGGUGACCCCAGCAUCUUCUUGUCCUGUGACGCUGGAGAGUGUCUAUACAAGACCGACGAACCGGGCUAUGAGCGCCCUGUUAAGAAGAUCAAUACCCCUCUUAUCGCGGGCGUGAUCGCCGGUUGCUCACUCUUCGUGGUAGCCGUGAUCUUGCUUGUCUGGUACCUAUCCCGUCGGGCUGCCCGCCGGGGCUACCUCCGUCUGUCUCUGUCGGAUGAUUCUGAUGACGAAUCGGCGAAGCUUCUGGCUGAGCAUCGACCGGCAGCACUCUCCUGGGAUAAUGUGUCUUAUUACCUGAACGGCAAAGAGAUUCUCUCUGGUAUACAUGGUACGUCGGGACCGGGACAAAUCACUGCCAUUAUGGGUGCAUCUGGUGCGGGCAAGACUACGUUCCUGGAUCUCCUGGCACGAAAGAACAAGCGCGGUGCCGUCCAUGGCAACUUCUAUGUAAAUGGCGAGAAGGUUGAUGACAACGAUUUUAAGAGCAUUGUUGGCUUCGUCGACCAAGAAGAUACGAUGCUGCCAACCUUGACUGUUCAUGAGACUAUCUUGACCAGUGCUCUCCUGAGACUACCCCGGGACAUGACCCGAGCGGCCAAGGAACAGAAGGUUCUAGAUGUUGAAAAGCAGCUUGGAAUAUACCAUAUCAGAGAUCAAUUGAUUGGCUCAGAAGAAGGUAAGGGCCGUGGUAUCUCUGGCGGUGAGAAGCGCCGUGUUGGCAUUGCUUGCGAGCUGGUCACCAGUCCCAGCAUUCUUUUCCUAGAUGAGCCCACUAGCGGAUUGGAUGCUUACAACGCGUUCAAUGUGGUCGAAUGCUUGGUAACUCUAGCUAAGACAUACAACCGGACUGUCAUCUUCACCAUACAUCAGCCGCGCUCAAACAUUGUUGCUCUCUUUGACCGACUUAUCCUUCUUGCGGGUGGUCGCACCGUCUACUCCGGUCCUUUCUCCUCAUGCCAGCAGUACUUUGAUCAUAUUGGAUAUUCAUGCCCACCUGGGUUCAACAUUGCGGAUUACCUCGUCGACCUCACAAUGCACGCCAGUGCAGCAAACACUUACACGGACGAAGUUGAAUCCGCGGUAGACGGACAUAGUGGCCCGACUAAAACUGCAUCAAGCAGCCUCAGAGCUGUCAAGUCCGUCGCCAGUGCGUCGAAUGUAAGCAUUGAGGACAAUCUGAGCACGACAGAGGCGACAAGAAGGCCGAAGACCAGCCGGCGGGUGUCUGUCAAGCAGCAACAAGAUCGUCAGCUUUACUCCCGACGGAAGGAUCAAGAGCAACGCCCAUUUACACCGAAGACCGACGAGGAAGAUGCUACUCUUGAUGUGGCCGAGGACACCCAGCAAUGGCUACGUCUGCACCGUCAACAAGGCAGUGUUCCUCCCCAGGUCCUCGAUGAUCCUGAUCAGCUGCCACCCCCAGCACCUGGCCAAACUGAUCUCGAUAUCUUGGUUGCCAGCUACGCGAAUUCCGACGUCUGCCGCUCAGUUCAAGACGAGAUUUCUUCGGCUAUUCAUGCUGCACAGACUGCGAAUGGCUCGACUAACUCGCAUCUGUCUAGUCCCGGGGUGGGACAACUGAGCUAUGCUCGUGUCGGUCUGGCUCGGCAGUUCCUCAUUCUGUCACAACGCACUUGGCGCAAUCUCUACCGCAACCCGAUGUUGAUGCUCACUCACUACGCCAUUGCCAUCCUUCUUGCGGUUCUUUCUGGGUAUCUCUUCUAUGGCUUGACGGAUGACAUCAAGGGUUUCCAGAAUCGUCUCGGUCUUUUCUUCUUCAUCCUGGCCUUGUUUGGUUUCAGCACUCUCACCAGUUUAACUGUGUUCUCGACUGAGCGACUCUUGUUUGUCCGCGAGCGAGCCAACGGCUACUACCACCCAGUCACAUAUUUCGCCGCCAAGGUUGUGUUUGAUAUCGUACCUCUACGACUCAUCCCACCCAUUAUUAUGGGCAUUAUUGUCUACCCCAUGACCGGAUUAAUCCCUGCAUGGCCCGAGUUCCUCCGCUUUGUGCUAGUCCUGGUUCUGUUUAACCUCGCAGCUGCUUGCAUUUGCUUGUUUAUCGGCAUCAUUUUCCGGGACGGUGGUGUGGCCAACCUGAUCGGCAGUCUUGUCAUGCUUUUCAGCCUGCUCUUUGCCGGUCUGUUGCUGAACCACGAUGCGAUUCCCGCCUCCGCUUUGUGGUUGCAAAGCCUGUCCAUCUUCCACUACGGCUUUGAAGCCCUCAUCGUCAACGAGGUCACCUUCCUCACCUUGAUCGACCACAAGUAUGGCUUAGAUAUCGAAGUUCCCGGAGCCUCGAUCCUGAGCGCAUUCGGUUUCAACACCCUUGCUUAUUGGUAUGACGUGGCUGGCCUCGCUGUGAUUUCCGGGGCCUUUGUCAUCAUUGCAUACGGAGCGAUGCAUUUCCUGCUUGUUGAGAAGCGAUAA